CUGUGGUCGGCCGCCCCUUGCGCUUCGAUAACAUAAACACACACAGGUUAGAAUUUUUGGAAAAAGGAAGGAGAAGAGGACUUAAAGGAACAGUUGAGCAGUAAGAAAAGAAACGAAAUUCGCAACAUGAUGAACAUCAGCGAGACCGUGUCGGUGAAGCCUUCGGUCGAAAGCACAUACAAUAACAUUUCACUCAUAUCCGACUUCUCAAGUAACCUGACAAAGGCCAUGCCUGAGCAGAUGAGCCCGCACUCCUGACUAAGGGUGGAAAAGAGUAUCUUCGCUUCAGUGCUGUCGGUGUUCAUCCUGGUCUGCUCAGCACCACAGGUGGCCGUGAUCUGGCGUAACACCAGCCUACACCGCGCCUCCUACUAUUACGUCAUGGUGCUCUGUCUGCUGGACUGCGUGCUCGGCGGCAGCAUCUUCGCUUUGGUGACUGUCGUUUUGGUCCUGUACAUCAUCCUGGGUGGCGUACCGGCCUUUGUGUGCUGCGCCUUCGACGUCUUCAUGAACGGCAGCAUGAACGCCGUCAACCUGCUGAUGCUUGCGUUGAGCCGGGACCGUUACCUGUCCGUGUCUGACCCGUUGAAGAACUCCUUGCGGUCCACCACCUCCACGGUGUGGCGUCAUCUGAAGAUCUCCCUCGUCUACGGCGCCGCACAUGGAGCUGUCUUCACCACGGCGCGGGCGUAUUAUAGCGACCUGACGGCAACCCUACAGACCUGCGAUACAUUUGACUGGCUGUUAAAGCCAGAGUUCCGAGCUGUUGCUGUCGUCACCGUGGCCAGCAACAUCUUUCUCGACGCUGUCACGAUGGUCUACAACGGCAAGGUCUUGUAUCACGCAUGGAAGCUUAAGAAAACUCGGGUGCAGGAGCUCGGGCAGCACAACAUAAAUGAAGCGGCGAAGAGGAGACAAAACAUGAAAAUGUUUAUAUUCACUUUCAAGCUGGCUUGUCUUUUCCUUGGCUGCUCCCUUCCAUACAAAUUUGCGCUCCUGGCGCAUGGACUGGGUCUCGCUGUGCCCUUAAUUGUCUUGCAUCUCCUUGGGAUUGUUCGGAGCAUGUUCCACAUCAUUGACGGCUGGACCUUCUGUGCUAAUGAGGAGUUGUGGCAGGCCCUAAAGCAAUGCUCUCUGUUUGUCAGGAAUAGGCGCUGAUGGGCAUGUCGCCGAAGAAGAGGUGGUUUAUGGAUAUCACGUUGUGGCUUUGUGCAAAAAAUAGACGGCACGCACAUGACGCACUGAACCAGACGGUCCAUAUGUGCACAGAACCGCGGCAUCUCCUGCACACCCCUAGGAUUAAGGUACAUGUCUGUUUAAUCGAUAACUGUGAAGACGGGAUGUUGCCAAUAUUUGUACAGUGCAUUGUAUGCAUGCACCUUAAUGCAUUGCCAAUGCUUGUGCAGACAACGGAAACGGUCGUGUUAUGUUAAGGCGGUGGAAUGGAUAGAUGUGUAUGUGUGUGUGUCGUGUAUGGCACAUCGAAUGACAGGUAAUGACGCAUUUUGUUCAAUUAUCAAUGACUGGACUGUUCACGGAAGAAAAUCAAAAUCAUCGCACUGUGUUAAGCCUUGCAGUUUCUCUCGUUUUAGGCGUGACGUUCUGUUCAUAAACUUCACCAUUAUAUGCGUGUAACGACUUCACCAUUACAUGCUGUAAGCUUUAUCUACGGCUGGGAA